UAUAUCCCCCUUUAAUUAUCCAUUUUAAAAAUUUGUAGUUCUUUUGGGUCAAAGUUAUUUUGUGAUGGACUCGUACCGAUAAUAGUUGGGUUUAAUUGAAAUUUUAUUUAAAAAUUUUAUCAAGAAAAAGGAUGGUUUAAUAAUUUCUAGUAAAAUAUUUAAAAAUAUUACGAAAAAAAUAUUUUAAAAUACAAGGAGAAACAAUAAAUAAUAUUCUAGUGGGUAUAAAAUUGAAUAAAAAAUUGUUACAGCAUUAAUAAAGGGAUUAUUCAUUCUUUUUUUUUUAAAAGAAUUCUUACAUUAAAUAUUAUUCAUCUUUUCAACCUUCUCAUAUUUUCACCUAAAAGCUUUAAAAGGGGAAUGAUUCGUUUACUAGGCUUAUUUGAAAUGGAAGAGGUUGAAAAAGAAAUUUUUGAAAAAAUCAUUUUAACGUUUCCUAGACUUGGAAGAUUUGAGGGGAUAAGAGGGAAUAUCAGAAGAUCUAGGUUGUAUUGGGGGGGGGGGGAGGGGGGGGGGGGGUAUAAGGAUAUUUGGGGGUAUAAGGGGGAAAUAGAGAGAUUGAAAGGAAUUGAGGAAGAUAUAAUAGUACUGUGUGGAUUAAGAAGGAUAUAGGUAGAUUUAGAGGGAUUUAGUGGAUUAGCAGAAUCAUUUAGGAGUGGGUCUGUAGAAAUGUAAAAUUUUCGGAUAUCCCUGGAUCUC